UUUUCUUUCAAGUAGCUUAAAGGCUAUUUCUUUAGAGGAACUAUACAUGGCCCCAGCUAAAUUAUUGUACUACUGAAUCUUCUUGGUUUUAAUUUUUGCAAGAUCACAUUUUCUUCCUACUUGUAAGUUAAAUUACCCCUACUUAGCUAGCUGUUACUGCAUAAUGAUAUCUGGAUUUUUUUUUCAUUGUAGAUGACUUAGACUCGGAUUCCACUUUUAAAAUUCAUCCUUUCCAUACAUUAAAGUCUUCUUGAAGAUUAUUCUUAUUCUCUUCUGAAUAUUUAUUUCUUAAGUAGCUAUGAAGCAGAAGCUCCGGAAAUGAGUGUUACAAAGACAAACAUGACAGCUGGGUGAGAGCAAGGCUGUCUCAGAUGCUUAGAAAGCAAGACUGAAUUGCUGCAGCUCAUUCUCUUUUCCCUUGGGAUUACGGAAGUGUGUUAAAUUUGAAUACUAGGAUUAGAAAGCACUAUUCCCCAAUGUACCCAGUUGUGGAUUCAUUAUGAAUUAAAGCGAAUAAAAAUUAUAAAAGAAUAAAGGUUAUGCAUUGUGAGCAAUAUAUUUCAUCCUGCAGGUUAGAUCACACAAAUGAGAAAUCUUUGAAGAAAAUAAAUAGCAUACUGAUUUAUUUCAUGAAAGGGAGGGGCAUAUGUAUGUGUAUGUUAGGGUGGAGGUUUCAGUAAAAUUGCCCUGUGUGCUACAUCUGCAGAUACAGUAGCCAAUUGAUCUAAUGCAGUUUCUGAAGGCUUUCUAUACAGGUGAUGUCAUCCUUUUAGCUCCAUUCCCCUCCCACUUUCUUUCCUCCUUAUUAGAUAUUUCAUCUUACUGCGGAGCAUAGAAUCGAUAGGAGCUUCUCCACAGGGAGCCUCUGGAAAGCAGACACAGAUAGCAGGAAUUAAGGCACUAACAUUCAGUCUUGCUGUGGCAGAAGAUGUAAUAUUUGUAUUGCAUUAUAUAAAUGUUUUAAUUGAAAAAACGGAUCUUAGAUUAACCAUAUAUCUAGUUGGUACUUUAGGAUUGGAAAUAGCACUGCGGAGUUGUAAAUCGUGCAUCGAAAAAGAGAAAAGAAAAAGAAUUUGGAUUACAAAGAUUCAGAAGCAACACAGAAUAAACCUGUUAGAGUAUUUCAUUAGUUGGAUUUUUCUUCCUUUUUUGGUUGGUAAGAAAAAAAAAGAAAUUAAAGGAUAUGGAGUUUUGGUUUGAUUAAGAUGCAGAAGAAUCAUUGUAAUAUUUGAUUUAUGCAAUGAAAUAGGUAGAAGGAAAGGAAGCAUGAAGAUAUUCUCUUGUUACUGAUGCUACAUUUUUGGGAACAAAUGCUGGAAAGUAUCAGAGGCUCAGGUUUGGUCUAUGUUGUAUUACUUGUUUAAUUUGAUCCAGAAUUAACUGUUGGUGUUACUACUGUGUAGGUAUGUGCUAAGUGACUGAAGAAGCAUGUGGCAAUCUGAAUGCUCAGAGCCUGAAGCACAAAAACAUCUUGAUUUACAUUUGUAUGCUUGUUAAAAGGAACAUUUUCAUAGGAAUUGAGGCAAUUGGUUUAGUUCUAGGCUCAAAGGUACUGAAAUCCAGUUAAGCCAAGUAAUUUUUGGAAUUCACUGUGGAAAAGAAUCCUAAGAAGUUUUCUUUCUACAUUGCUACAUUGGUUUAUGAUUUGUGAAGAGAAAACAGAAGGGAUUUUUUGCCAGUAUUUUUUUCCCUGUGCCUUCGGGGUUUGUUUUUUUUUUUUGUUUUGUUUUUUGAAAGGAAACUUUAUUUUCCAGUCCAGGAAAUGGCUUUUCUUGUUCGCUGUUAUGCCAAUUGUCUUCAGCCCUGGGCCUCCAAACUUCCUGCAGACCUUAACAAGUUGCACCUUACUGAAAACCCUCAUCCACAGGUGACCCAUGUCCCUUCUAGCCAGUCUGGAUGUAGCAUUGCCAGUGACUCAGGGAGCAGCAGUUUAUCUGAUAUCUACCAGGCUACAGAAAGUGAGAUAGGAGAUGUGGAUUUGACAGGUCUCCCUGAAGCACCUGUUGAUUCUGAGGAUGAAGAAGAGGAAGAUGAAGAUAUCGAUCGAACAGCUGAUCCAUUACUAGGAAGAGACCUUGUUCGAGAAUGUCUUGAAAAGGAACCUGCAGAUAAAACUGAUGAUGACAUUGAGCAAUUACUGGAAAUUAUGCAUCAGCUGCCUGCCUUUGCAAAUAUGACCAUGUCUGUAAGAAGAGAACUUUGCUCAGUUAUGAUCUUUGAAGUGGUAGACCAAGCUGGAGCUGUCAUUCUUGCAGAUGGUCAAGAACUUGACUCAUGGUAUGUCAUUUUAAAUGGAACUGUAGAAAUCAGCUAUCCAGAUGGAAAAAGUGAAAGUCUGUGUAUGGGGAACAGCUUUGGAAUUAUUCCUACUCUGGAUAAGCAGUACAUGAAUGGAGUUGUCAGAACUAAAGUAGAUGACUGUCAAUUUGUAUGUAUAGCCCAGGAGGACUAUUGGAGAAUCUUGAAUCAUGUAGAAAAAAAUACCCAUAAAGUUGAAGAAGAAGGAGAAAUUGUUAUGGUGCAAGAACAUAGAGAGCUGGAUCGUAGUGGAACUCGAAAAGGGCAUAUUGUCAUCAAGGCAACACCUGAACGACUCAUCAUGCAUUUAAUAGAAGAACAUUCAGUUGUGGACCCAACUUAUGUAGAAGAUUUUCUGCUGACAUAUAGGACAUUUCUUGAAAGUCCCUUAGAAGUUGGAAAUAAGCUAUUAGAAUGGUUUAAACUUGGCAGUUUAAGAGACAAGGUCACACGAGUAGUGCUUUUAUGGGUAAAUAAUCAUUUCAAUGAUUUUGAAGGAGAUCCUGCUAUGACUGGAUUUCUAGAAGAAUUCGAAAAAAAUCUAGAAGAUACAAAAAUGAAAGGACAUCUCCGUUUAUUAAAUAUUGCUUGUGCUGCCAAGGCUAAAUGGAGGCAAAUUAUUUUUCAGAAGACUUCCCGGGAAUCACCACUUUUUUUCAGCCUUACUGGAGGAAGUGAGGGAUUUGGCAUUUUUGUGGAAGGAGUAGAACCAGGCAGCAAAGCUGCUGAAGUUGGGCUUAAACGUGGUGACCAGAUAAUGGAAGUUAAUGGACAAAAUUUUGAGAACAUUACAUUGGGGAACGCUCUUGAAAUAUUAAAGAAUAAUACUCAUCUCUCUCUAACUAUAAAGACCAACAUCUUUGUUUUUAAAGAAUUAAUUAAUAGGACAAAGCAAGAUAAAAAUGGUAUUCCUCAUAUUCCCAAAAUUGCUGAGAAGAAAAGUAAUCGCUACUCUAUCCCUGAUAUGCCUGGAGAUAUGGAACAUAUGUUUCCACAGGAGAAAGGAAAUAAAAAAAUUAAAGCAAACACUGUUUCAGUUGGAAGAAACAAAAUCAGGAAAAUUUUAGAUAAAACACGAUUCAGCAUUUUGCCUCCCAAGUUAUUCAGGAGAAUUUUUGGUGAUGGCAAUGUGAGCCAGUCACAAGAUGACAGUGUCCUUGGAACAAGGCAGUGUAGGCAUAGUCUAGCUAUAAUGCCUAUUCCUGGAACUCUUUCCUCAAGUAGCCCUGAUCUCCUGCAGCCUACAACUAGCAUGUUGGAUUUUUCUAAUCCAACAGCUGUUGGUUUUUACUAUAUUCCGGAUCAAGUUAUAAGAGUUUUUAAAGCAGAUCAACAAAGCUGUUAUAUUAUCAUCAGUAAGGACACCACAGCCAAAGAAGUUGUUUCCCAUGCAGUACAUGAGUUCAGUUUGAUGGGAGCACCAGAGACCUAUUCUCUCUGUGAGGUUUCUGUUAGUUCAGAAGGUGUUAUAAAGCAGAGAAGACUUCCAGAUCAGUUCUCCAAAUUAGCAGACAGAAUUCAACUAAAUGGAAGAUACUAUCUGAAGAACAACAUGGAAACAGAAACCUUAUGCUCAGAUGAAGAUGCUCAGGAAUUACUUAGAGAAAGUCAAAUAACCUUACUGCAACUUAGUACCAUUGAGGUAGCAACCCAGCUGUCAAUGAGAGACUUUGAAUUAUUUCGAAAUAUUGAACCUACUGAAUACAUCGAUGAUCUUUUUAAGUUAAACUCCAAAACUGGGAAUACUCACUUGAAAGAAUUUGAGGCCAUUAUAAACCAAGAAACAUUCUGGGUUGCAACAGAAAUUUUGACAGAAUCAAAUCAGCUCAAAAGAAUGAAAAUGAUUAAGCAUUUUAUUAAAAUUGCUCUUCACUGUCGAGAAUGCAAGAACUUUAAUUCUAUGUUUGCAGUAAUAAGUGGUUUGAACCUUGCACCUGUUGCAAGACUCAGAGGUACUUGGGAGAAACUGCCAAGCAAAUACGAAAAACACUUUCAAGAUCUUCAAGAUCUUUUUGAUCCAUCUAGAAACAUGGCGAAGUAUCGAAAUAUCCUUAGUAAUCAAAGUAUGCAACCUCCAAUUAUUCCACUCUUUCCUAUUGUCAAGAAGGAUAUUACAUUUCUGCAUGAAGGAAAUGAUUCCAAGGUAGAUGGGUUAGUAAACUUUGAGAAACUAAGAAUGAUUGCCAAAGAAAUUCGUCAAGUUGUCCGAAUGACUUCUGCUAAUAUGGAUCCUGCUGUAAUGUUCCGACAAAGGAAGAAGAGGUGGAGGAGUUUGGGGUCAUUGAGUCAGGGUAGUACAAAUUCAAACAUGCUGGAUGUUCAGGGAGGAGCUCACAAAAAACGAGCCCGCCGAAGCUCACUGCUGAAUGCCAAGAAGCUGUAUGAGGAUGCUCAGAUGGCCAGGAAAGUGAAGCAGUAUCUUGCCAACCUUAAUGUGGAAACCAAUGAGGAAAAAUUCCAGAUGAUGUCUCUGCAAUGGGAGCCUGCAUAUAGUACUUUGACCAAGAAUUUAAAUGAAAGACGAUCAACAAAAUCAUCUGAAAUGUCUCCAGUACCUAUGAGAUCAGUUGGUCAAAUCACAAAAGCCCAUUUGCAUCAGCCAAACAGAGUGAGCCAAGUACUUCAAGUUCCUGCUGUUAAUUUGUACCCCAUCAGGAAAAAGGGUCCAACAAAAGAUCACAUUGCCUUCGGUACUAGUGCACCACAGAAAAUUUUAGGAAUGUCUGAAGAAGUAAGUGGUAAGAAACUAGCAGAAGACACUUUAUCAAUGGCAUCAUCUUUGCAUUCAAGCCCUCCUGCAUCUCCUCAAGGGUCACCUCGCAAAGUUGACAAUAUCAGUUCUGAUCAUGGCAGCCAGCUACACCUUUAUGGGUCCUCCUCAUGUCUUACCAGUGAAACCAGCACCAAGACCAGUGGCCCUCGAAACUACGGAAUAGGUUAUACCCAUAUACCAUCAGUAAAAUCCGAAAAUUUCUCAGACUCGAGCCAUAGUGAGAUUUCAUCAAGGUCCAGCAUCGUGAGUAAUUGUUCUGUUGACUCAAUGUCUGCAGCUUUACAAGAGGAUCGGUGCUUACCCCAGUCUUUUAGCAGCGUGGACUCAGUUGGAGCAGCAGAAAAGAAGGAUCAUCCUUCAGUGGCAACUGACCACAACCAGCACGUGAUUGGAUGGACCCUCUCAAAACCUUCAGUAGUCAAAGGUUUAGCUGUUUCAUCAUCUUUGAGCACUGAGGAGAUUUCUCAUGAACACAUCACCAUAGAAGCAGCUGACAGUGGUCGAGGAAGUUGGACUUCAUGUUCAAGUAGUUCCCAUGACAACUUCCAGAAUAUUCAGAACCAGAAGAGCUGGGAUCUUUUAAACUCUUAUCGACACACUCAUUUGGAUAUCCCCAUUGCUGAAGUGGAACCCACAAACUGUGAGCCUUAUUUGUAUCCAGAGGGCUACUCUCAGAUAAACAGUCAGCCUAAAGAUGCUGCAGAAUGGAUUCAGUCGAGACAAAGCUGGGCCUCUUCGAGCUCUCUCUCAGACACAUAUGAGACAAACUAUGGGACAGUGAAGAGAAGAGUGAUUGAGGAUUCCCCCGCAGAGCCAGAGGAGGCUUCGGAUUCUCAUCCUAGUACUGAUGCCACCUAUAAAACUGUUACAUCCAGUACAGAAAAAGGCUUGAUAGUGUACUGUGUCACCUCACCUAAGAAGGACGAUAGGUAUAGGGAGCCACCUCCCACCCCACCAGGAUACAUGGGGAUUUCUUUAGCGGAUAUAAAAGAAGGACCACCCCACCACCCACACUUAAAACCUCCAGACUAUAGUGUGGCAUUACAGAGGUCAAAGAUGGUACAUAGCAACCUCUCUAGACUUUCAUCAGCCUGUCUCGUUAGUGAACCUAUGGCCUGUAUUUCACCGAAGAUCCUAUUUCAGCCACAGCGAAAUAGUCUGCAACCAUCCCAUCCUAAACUAGCCGAUGUGACUGAUGCAGAUAGUGAAGCAGAUGAAAAUGAGCAAGUUUCAGCAGUCUAGCCUUUGGGGAAAUCAUCUUGAAACAAGUUCAAAAUAAAGUACUUUGGGAAGAUGGACCAUAACAUUCUGUUAGCCAAUGCUAACAGCUUGCUGCUGCUAAGAAGUUUUUAGUGCCUGUGUUAUGACCAGUGAGGUGGACCUGGCUGAACUGUGCCUCAAUUGCAUGUUGUCUCAACAGCCUGUGAAAUCUUCAUACUUAUGUGUGACAGAGUAUCCAGUCUGCAAAACUCACUGACACUGUACAUUGAUAUAAGUGUUAUAAGUGUCUGUCUACACACUAGGCCUUCAUUGGGAUAAUCAGUUAUGAGAACCACUUAAAGUGUGGAAAAUCAUGUUUAGUGUCAUAUAGUAUUUCUGUGGAUUUCCCUGAAAAUUAUUUUAUGGUAGCAUUAUGGUUUUCCAGCCAAGAAUGUUAAUUUCAUGGACGUAUUGGACAUAUAUUAUUUUCAUGUCCAUGUUCAUGCAAAAAGUCAAAACUUCUGCCAAAAAACAAGGACUUUGCAGUGGUGUUUGAAUAAUAAUUUAUUAAUUGAAAAUUUGUAGAAUUUUUUUUUUAUUUGUGUUUGAGUGUUAUGCUCUGGUUGGCUAACAUGUAUGAUUAAAAGAAAAUAAAAAUCAGACUCAUUUAAACUAUUCUUAUGAUAACCAAAUAAGUGUCCUUUAAAGCAAGUUGUGUUCCCCAAGGAAAAAGCCAAGGAGUAUAGAUGAUUCCAUUAUUACAUACAUAAUACACUAGAAUUGAGGGAAAAUAUACUCUGAAUGGAAUGGUAACAUUAUUUUGUUUAUGAUGUUGUGAAAUCAGCAAAAUGUUGCCAUCUUGUAGUCCCAAUUUGAAAAGUUUUGUGAAGCUGUCUUUUAAAAAAAGAAUCAAAGUAUAUGCUUAUUAAAUGCCUACUAUGUGCUAAACACUGAGCUAGGCCCCUAGAGAUACAAAUACAAUGAAUAAAGCAAUCAUUAACUCUCAAGAAACCUAGGUUGAGGGGAGGGGGAAGGGAGGAAUCAUUAAAAUAAAGUCUUAGAGACCCCCCAGAUUAUUUAAAAUAGAGGUGCUCAAAUUCAUGAAACUAAGCUCUAUGACUAAAAUUCUGUAAACUUAGAUAGAUAGAACUCCACUGUUUCUGAAGGUAAAAAGAAGCAUGGCAAAUAUACUUUAACUGGGAGUAUAAAACAAGUAGGUCAUAGAUUUAAAUUAGGUUUGUGACUAACCUCUUUGGAUACUUAAAGAGAAGCAGAGGGGAAAUGUUAUCUACUAAGCCAGUGAGUACUAUAAAAAUAUUUGUGAAAUGGAUUUGCUGCAUUUUUAUCUAUUUCUGCUAAUUUCCAGUUAUCAUUGGGUUACAUUUUAUUGGUAUGUGUGUAUUUAUAACAGCAGCCUCAUAUUCAGCUGGCAUAUUUUUUAAAAUUUAGCCAACCAAAGUAUAUGCUCAUUUAUUUUUUGGUGGGAGAAAGGGGAGACCUAAACACAAAGGUGUAUAAAUGAACAUGAUUGUUCUUUCCCAGUUUAGCAUUCAAAGAUCCGUUCCAGUGACUUAAUUGGAUAUGAAUGUGUUAAUAUAGAUUUGAACAUGUAAUUGUACAUUUCUGUGACCUCAUUUACAAGGUGAGGCUAGAUUUUUAACAUUUUUUACUAGCUGGGUGAAAUGUUUUCUACAUCUUAAGUUAAAAGAAUUUUUAAAGUUAUUUUAUAUUAUUUCACUUUUAUAGUGUGCAAGGUAAGUAAAAUAAUAUUCAGAAAGUUACAUGAGUACCAAAAAAAAUUCCAAAGCCAGUUAUGUGCAUUACCCAAGUGAACUUUGGGCAGAAAUUGGUUCAUAUUUGAGUGUAUGUUGUCAAUCGUUUUAUCAUCUGUGACUUCAUGUGUAAAUGUUAUCCUCAAUAGGACUAUCUUGCCCUUUUCUAUCCCUACCCCUCAAAGUUCCUAGUCAGUACACAGUUCCAAUGUAAUGACAUUUGUCUCUUUCCCUCUGUAGGGCUCACAGUUAAUCUUAAGAAAAGCAACAAAAAAAUCCAUGCCUAAAAAAAAAAAGAAAUCAUAGCUGAUAUCUGAAGCUCACAUAUUCUUUCUCAGAAUGAAGUAUUCUGCAUUAGGUUAGUUGCUGCAGUAAGGAUUUGACAUAACAGCUUUUUUUGCCCUAAUGGGUUAGGAAUAACAUUAAAACUAAUAUGGUAAAAAAAAAAAAAAAAAAUUACAUGCUUUAAAACCAUAUUGUAGUCAUCUGAGUUGUAAAGAAUUAAUAUUUAAUCAGGAAGCAGUAUAUGUGCAUUGCCUGAAAAGAGGAAUAUUUUUUCUUUCACAGACCUUUUUUGCUCCUAAGUUUAUGGACCACUUGCCAUAGCUAACAAAAAACAAAGCUGUGUUUUUCCUGCAAGUGUCUUGUUUAAUUGGAGUGCAAUAUUCAGUAAGUUAUUUUAUAUACAUUCCCCAAGUUAGACUUGGGGUUUGUAAACUCUCUCCUCUUUCUCUACUCCUCUUUUAUCUCCUCCUUCCUCCCCCUCUAAUUUAGCAGACUUUUUCAUGUAAUAGAAAAUCUGAGUAGACAUUUUAUCUGGAUAAAAGGUGUUUUAUGUAAAUCAAGAUAGUCACAUGAAAGAAACCAGGGAAGCAGGUGACUUUCUCUGUGCUUCUGAUUCAGAGUGGCUUGCUGCUACCUGGCCCAUCUUUGCUUGUAAGGGAUUCUGAUGAUCACAUUGAUCAGGGACAACAGGUAAUAUGUUGUGGUUGUGUGGGAAUUUAAGAAAUAAUUACUCCCUUUUUGUUGAGUUUGACUGUAGAUAUUUUAAGUUAGUUUGUAAUUUUUCACUUUCUUGGUUUGUCACAAAGCCAUAAUGAGAAAAGCCACAGACCUUGUGUGUCUUAUAUUCUCUGUGGUUUCUUUGGACUUUUUCCAAAUUCCUAACAUCAGUCAAGGAUUGAACAUGCCUUUCCCUUGCCUUCUCAUGCCACUAGAGCACUGGGUCUGGAGGAAGUGCUUUAAAAAUCCCUGAUAUGUCAAACGGGGCCAAGAAAGCAAUUUAAUUCCAACCAAAUGGUUUAAAAAAUUAAGAAAGAUAAAUGAUUCCAUAGAGCAUCUUAAUUUAAGAUAAUUAUCAUUAGUAUUCAUUUUUCUUCUGCACAGUUAUUUUCAAUAAUAGUAGAUGCUCUAUAUUUGGAAAAAUGACUGAUAUAAAUGCCCACAAAAUUAGUUUUAGCAGAGAGUGUUAAGUUGCAAAAUAAAUUCAAUAAUGUGCUGAUCUUAAAGCUCAGAAUCUUAGAGUAGCAGGAUUUAAGGAUGAGGCUACCUGGCUUGUGAACAUUAACCUAAGGCCUUCUAGUGAUUAUGUAGAUCCCCUUAUUUGCAAGAUUGAUUAAAUCUUUGUAUAGCAUUUCCUCUUAAACCAAGAAUGGAGGAAAAACAUUCUAAUUUCCUUUUAUCUUAAAAGCAAUUUGAUUGCAAUGGAUUGAUAACAUUUUUGUUAUGAUUUUAAGUUUUAUUGAAUGAGCAUUAGAAAUAGUUUGAGAAAUUCACUAACUUAAACUGAUUGGGAUACUCUAUUUAGAAAAGCUUCCAAUAUGUUUAAAAAUUAAAACUUGAACACCCAGUUCAGCUUUAGUUUAGGUUGUGCUUUUUAUGGCUGUCUUUAUUUUUGAUACAUGGAAUGCAGUUUAACUUGGUAUUAUAAAUUCUAAAUAUGUGAGAAUAUUGGCAAAAAAAAAAAAAAACACUGCACAGUUGAAAUAAUAUUCCAAUAGCAACUGUACUGCACAAUUCAGUGAUUGUAAAGUAUUCUGUAACAAGCAAUGUUUGUCUCCUAUUUUUUGAUACCUCUUACACUUAUGUCUUUUAGAAAGACAGUGCCUCUGUAUGCUUUUUUGUAUUUUUACUGAGUGAUUGUAAAUAUUUGUUAUAUUUUUGGUUAAGAGAAUGUUUAAAAGUAAUGUUUAUUAUCGAAUCUACUAAUAUGUUCAAAACAAUAAACAAUAUAUAUACA